AUGUUUGCAAGCUGGAUCUUUUGUGGUGGUGUUACUGUUUUCAACGUCUUCUCCAGAAUGGCCACAACAAAAUGGGAAAUAUUUGUCACUACUACACUUGUGUUUAUAUUGAUGCAUGCUGUGGAUGGGCUAAUUUUGAUUGUUUUCCAAGAACGUUUUCGUGGAAUGCUGUGCCAACCAUCACUUCUAUGGCAAAAGAAGAGCGUAAUUGUCCUUGCUCUCGCUUCCACUUCAAGCAAGACUUAUGGCGAUAUUCAGGAUUGUGCCCAAAGUAGAAGUGCGUUAAUGAUGAUCUCUCUCACCCAUGAUCACUCAGCAAUGUGA